CCGUAGAAGAUGAGGGAAGAGAGAGAGAGAGAAAGAGAGUUGUCUUCCUUACCUGCCUAUCCAAUCUACAACCUCGCCGGAGACUCGGGCUUCCCGGUCCGUUCGGCGCACUAGCCGAGCCUCACAAAUUCUUCUAUUACUCAUAAUGCUGGAGUGAUUACCGCCACUGAUUGAUACGAGAUGAAUCGGAGCUUUAGGGACUCUAUGAUCGGAGGCGGGAAGAGUUUUCCGGUGGCACCGCAGCUCCGGCGUGGCCUUAGCGUCAAUGGAGCCUCCAACCAAGACCCCUCCGAUGACUCCUUGGAUCUCUUCUCCAGAACUCGCCGCAGCGUCUCCGUUGUCAACUCCGACGAGUCCGACGUUUCCGUUAAACUGGGAAGACUUUCAGUUGGAUCAGCAAAGGUGGGGAAGAAUGGAUUGGAUGAUCUGUUAUCAUCUACUGAGGGAGGAAAGAAUGAUUAUGAUUGGCUUCUAACUCCUCCAGAGACUCCUCUAGUUCCUUCAUUGAUCGGAAAUGAACCUCAACGGGUCCAAGUAGCUCCAAGAAGUAGCUCCUUGGCCAGAUCAGUCUCCACAACUAAGGCUUCAAGGCUUUCAGUUUCACAUUCAGAGAGCAACCAUAAUGCAAGACCAGCACGCAGCAGUUCAGUAACUCGUUCCUCUGUCUCUAGCAACCAGUUUAGUACUUACUCAAAUAAAUCAACUAAUAUUCUAAACACGAGCUCUGCUUCUGUGUCAUCCUAUAUUCGGUCCUCUACCCCUUCAAGUCGCUCUUCAUCUUCAGCAAGAAAUUCCACCCCCACUUCGCGCCCAACAUUAUCAAGGCCUUCAACCCCUUCCAAGGCCUGUCCAGCCCCAAACACAACUUCUAGACCAUCUCAAAACUCAAGACCUUCUACUCCAAGUUCUAGGCCUCAAAUUCCUGCAAAUUUGAGUUCCCCCUCUCCUCGGUCUACAUCGAGGGCUUCGACACCUACUCGAAGGAAUACAGGACCUUCAAUAUGUCAAUCUCCUGUAAUAUCUGCAUCCUCUAGACGUACUGUCACCAGUGGGAGAACUGUGGCUUCGAUAUCUCGUCCAAGCUCACCUGAUCCACCAGUUAGGCGAACACCUCAACCUAUAGUUCCACCUGAUUUUUCACUUGAAACACCAUCAAAUUUGAGAACAACACUGCCAAACAGACCACUGUCUGCUGGUAGGUCCAGGCCUGGUGCUGCUGUCUCUGUCAAGGCUAAUAUGGACACUCCAAUUGCUGGAACUUUGCCUAGGCGGCAACCAUCACCUGUUGUUAGCAGGGGAAGACUCACAGAAUCCUCUGCUAGUGGGCGGGGGCUUUCAAACGGGCAUGUGGCUGAUACACUUGAUUCUCGCAGAGCUUCAUUUCCCUUGGAGUUGACUACAAGGAAAUCUAUAAAGACACCUACAGAAAACAUGGGAUUUGGGAGGAAUAUCUCAAAGAAAUCUCUUGAUAUGGCUAUCAAACACAUGGAUAUAAGAAAUGGCCCUAAUGGUGCUCGCCCACUUUCAGGCUCAAUCCGUUACCCUCACAGCAUUCGAUCAAAUGGUGUUAAAAGCCAUAGUCACAGUGCAAGUUCCCCAGCAUCUCUGAAUGGGAAUAUGAACUUCAGCAACAAUGGCCCUACAUCUGAAAAUGGAAGUUAUCUUAGUAGGUCUUCUGAAAAUGGGAGUGAAGACGACAGAUCUCGAUUCUCAGCAAGAUUGACAGAUACUGACAUCUAUGAGAGUUGUCGUUACGACAUGAUUCUACUCAAAGAGGAUGUCAAGAACACUAACUGGCUGCACAGCAUUGACGAUAAGCUUGAUAGUACCAUUUUUGAGAACGGAUUCGAACCUCUCCCUGAACCUUUCGACCAUUUGUAACAUAAGUUCAUUGGUGCUCCAUGCAUUAUUUUUUAUAUUUAUUUAUCUAUUUUUCAAAUUUUGAUUUGCUGCCUGAACACAUAAAUGAAAAUUAAAUGUGUUAAGUUUGAAGCAUAUAGAAUUAUAGAUAUUGUGGAAG